AUGUCGCUUGAUUUCUCGAAAGUUGAGAAUAAUCCUGUCCCUUUGAUUGCUGAAAAGCAUAAUCAAAACGUCGCGUUCGUUGUGUACCGUAACAAGAACAAGAAUGUUGUCGUGUAUGCUGCGAAUCUACUUGAAGAUGGUACAAUUGAUCCUGCGAAUCCAUUGGAUGUAUAUUGGGUCAUGUUUGAACAAGAUGGCCAUCCACGUGAAGAUCUUAACAUGAUUGAGCGCAAUACGGCGUAUGGAGCUACUGUGAAACCACGUCCUGGUCAUCCUGGUGAAUAUGAAGUCACACUUACGUCGUUAAAAGACCGCGUGAUCUACCUCUCUAUUGUGGAUGGUAAGCCUGUAGGUCGUGGCUGUAUCAAUGGAAAAGAAGGUUGUACCCUUGAGCGUGUAUUUGUCCUCUCAACUUCGUCGUGGGGUAUGCCAAAGGUACAACACAUUGAGAUUCACGGUAAAGACGCUGAAGGUAACGCCAUUAUGGAGAAAAAGAUUCCGUAA